CAUAUAUACGUAUUUCAUUUUUCUCUGUCCGUGGCUUUGGCAGUGUCUGCUUUUCUUCCAACAAGUGUAUACUGUCCUCCUUCCUUCUCUCCAUAGAUCGUGAACGACAAAGGCCAUCAAGAUGUCUGAGAAAAAGAUGACAUCCAGCCGUCGGCACCACCUGAAGAGCCUGGUGCUUCAGGUUGCUGCAAACUGGCUGGAGAAGGAAAAGCAGGAGACCAUUCAGGCCAAAGAGGCUUAUAUGGCUGAGCACUGUCCCGCUCCGGAUAUGAAUGGAGAUCAGGCUGCUCUCAUGGAAGUCUGCAAAAAGCUCCAUGCUGCCAUUGACAAGAUUGAUGAGGAAAGGUACGACAUCGAGGCCAAAGUCCAAAAGGCAGAAAAAGAGAUUGAGGACCUGAAGAUCAAAGUUGUGGACUUGGUUGGAGUGAAGAAGCCUGCUCUGAAGAAAGUGCGUAUGUCUGCUGAUGCCAUGCUUAAGGCUCUGCUGGGCUCCAAACACACAGUCAACAUGGACCUUAGGGCUAACCUGAAGCAAGUCAAGAAGGAGACCAAAGAGGAGCCAACAGAAGCCGUGGGUGACUGGCGUAAGAACAUUGAGGAUAAGGCAGACAGGAAGAAGAUGUUUGAGUCUUCCUAGAUGGUCUCUGCUGCUCAUCUAUCUGUUUACAUGAACUCCACGUGUCUUAUGUGCCGGUUGAACCGAUGUUCAUUUUACAGCUGAGGGCUAGUGUGUCUCAGGGGUGUCUUUCUGGAAGAAACGUAACGUGUCAGUGUGACUGAAGGGGAGUUUUUGCACUUUGUUCUAGUCUGGAGGGAGGAGGAAGAGAGUGGGGUUUAAGGUUCACCACAAAAACACCAUGGUUCCAUACACACAGCAACACUCAUACACUGAAGGAAACAAUAAAUAAAUCUGUAAAAAGAAA